UACCACAAAAUUACCGCUGGUAUCGCAGGCAAAAUACACCACAAAAAAUGGCGGAAGCAAAGCUAAGAAAUCUUUUGAAAAUAAUUCAUCUAAGAAAUAAAUAUGACGCCGUUGUGGUAGCAAUACACGCUUGCCUGCUCGAUAGGGAAUUCAAAUGCGUUGCUUCGGGUAAUCAGUAGCUUGCUUUAAUAUACAGAGAAAUCCUUCGGAUGAAUUUGACUUUGGGGAGAUGCUACCUCCAGACUGGAACCAAUCAGAUGACUCAUACUCCUUACAGUACAAGCACCACAACACAGGCCCAUUAUACAUACUGAGUAUCCUCAAACUUGGCAAUGCACUAGCUAUCUAUCUCUUGGAAGAGGAUGAGUCGAAGAUGUAUGACAUUACUGUAAAUGUUGAUGACUUUACAGAUGGUGAUCUGGAUUAUACGACCUUACAGACACAGCCAAGCACCUCCAUCAAUCAGUGUUUUCAACAGUUUGAUCACCUGAGAGCAAAACUUAGCAGGGAUGUCAUAGAUAAGUUUACUAAGCCUAGAACCCAAGCCCAUGGUCAUACCAACAACCAAGACACAUCACGGCGACAACCAAGCCAAGGAAACCCCAGCAGACUGCUAGAGACUGACCCAUUAAGACUACCACCAAGGAGGCCUCCGGAUUUCAGAGAUGAAUGGGCGCCUCCAGUUGGACCAUUCCCAUACGGAGAAGGAGACAGAUCUCCAGGCUUCCCUGGGGGAGGUGGUAUGCUAAUGGAUCCAUUCAGAACUGGCAGGUUUCCCAGAGUUCCUGGUGGCCCGACUGGCCCAAAUCCUCCAGGACAGAUUCCAAGAGGUUCCGUCCCACCUGGUGCAAGGUUUGAUCCUUUUGGUCCCAUACCCCCUGAUGGUGAGGUGGGGGCACGACCAGGCAACCCUCCAGGACGCUUUGCUGGGCCAGAUCCUGAUCACCUCCCACCUCCUGGUUAUGACGACAUGUUCAUGUAAUACGACUGUCACCUCCCACCCCCUGGUUAUGACGACAUGUUCAUGUAAUACGACUGUCAUCUCCCACCUGGAUACGACAUCAUAUUUAUGUGAUGAGUGACACUACUGAAUAUGGUGCCAUGGUCAUGUGAUGAUUGACAUGUCCCGCCUCGUUUUUGGUUACGACAUGUUAAUGAAAUGAUUCACAUCCCUAGAUGUGUUGACAAUUGUUCAUUAUACCUUACCCACCAAAAAGCUAUAUUUUCCAAAUGAAAUUGUAGAUGUUUCACUCAUGAUAUCUAUUCCUCUCUGUUACAAAAUCCUGGCUAUGUACUUAUGUUCAUGUAAUGGUGGGCAUAAGAUAUUAUGGUUGUAAUUUUCCUUUAAAAUUGGGUGUUCAGACCUUGGGCAGUCUUUAAAAACACCCGAGAUGGUAUAAAAAUAGCUGCAUUUUUUAUUCAUUUAAGUUAAAAAAGGAAACAAAGUUAUGCCAUGUGUCAGAGCUCUUUAUUGAUUUCCCAUUUGGUGAUUCCAAUAAAUUAAUACAUAUUACAUAAAGAUAGUUUGGUCUACAAAAAUGGUUUCGAUUUUUGUUUACACCAGUUAUCCUGUAACUUUGAUUUUGAGUAUUUUGCAAACUAAGGAAAUAAAGAGGCCAAUCCUUUGAGGGGGGUUUGGCAGAGAGAAAGGAUUUGAUUUGUGUAUAUCUCAGAUUGGUGUCUAUGUUUUUCUAUGUCUUAGAGUUGCAAAACAUUAAAAAUCCUGAUCUUG